GAAUUCGACCAAAUAAUUGCGUAUUUGCUAUAACUAUUUACUGAGAGAGUGUUCUUAACUUGGUUCUUCAGAAUCAUUGCUGUUUGAAAAACUUUAAUGCUGUCACACAAGAUAAAGGAUAAUAUUUUCCAUCCAGAGCCUAGAGUUUCUAUAUUCUAAUUAAUGGAUGCUGACAAAUCCAUACUUCUGCAGAAGCAGGUAAGAGACAACUCAGAAGAUCUGCAAAGUGAAUUCCUAGACUUGAAAAACUGGGAAGAACAGAUGAAACGAAAAGAUUUUGAAAUACGUAAUGCUGGUGGUGAUCAGAAGGUUCUACCACCGGUUAGAAGCAAAAAGAAGAAAGUAAUUCCAUUAUCUGCGCCGAAGGAGAAUAAUAAGCCUAGUACUAAACGCAUUAGAUCUCACGACUAUUCUGCAUGGGAUAAGUUUGAUGUGGAUAAAGCAUGUAAAGAGAUGGAUAAAGGGGAUCAGUCUGAUGAAUCUGUAGAAGAAAGUUUAUCAAAGGAGGAAUUAGAAAAGAAUCAUUAUGAAGCUUCAAAACAUAAAAAUGAAGGGAACGUUCUUGUGAAGCAACAAAAAUGGGAUAAAGCAGUUGGUUGCUAUAGUAAAGCAAUUGCAAUUUUUCCAUACGAUGCAGUUUUUUAUGCAAAUCGUGCAUUAUGUUACUUAAAAAUGGACAACUUAUAUUCGGCGGAAGCGGAUUGUACUACAGCUGUACAAUUGGAUUCAGAGUAUGUGAAAGCAUAUCAUAGACGAGCUACAGCUAGGAUGGGAUUGAAACAAUACCGUGAGGCUAAACAGGAUAUUGAAAAAAUUUUGAAAUUAGAGCCCUCCAAUAAAGAAGCAGUAAAUAUGCUUAUUCAAGUUAAGAAGAAAAUCAAGAGUUUAAAUUCCGUAACUAUAACGGGUGAGAAUUUGAUUGAGGAGGUUUCAGUUGAAAAAAGGAUUGGUGAAAAACUUUGUGGAAAGACGGUUAAAGACAUAAAACAAAUUGACAAUAUUGUAAAACCAGCUGACACUGUUCCAUUUACGUCCACGUGGAUACUAGAGGAAGGUGAUGAUGUUGCUAUUGUACACCCAAUCGUGAAACCUCCUCAUCAACGGUCCAAAAAACCUCUAAGAAGAGUUUCUGUGAAAGAAAUAGAUUAUAAUGACAAGCUCUUGACAAAUUCGAUUAAGAUUGAAAAAAAUGAUGAAAACGAAGUUCACAAGUCACCAGAUGUAGAAUACAAUUCAAAAAAGGAAGUAUCACUUAAAAGUCAUUCAGCAGCAAGUGAAAUCCGUGAGAAUGGAAAAGAUACAAAGAGUGAAGUUCUCAAAUUACCCCCAGUACCUAAAACUGCAGUUCAGUUCUUAAUGAAUUGGAAAAAAAACACAUGUGUGGAAUACAGAUACAGAUAUCUUAAGCAAAUUCAGCCUGGUAUAUUACAUACAAUUUUUCAAGAUUCUUUAGAAUCUGAUACGUUCAGUGAAAUUCUGCAAAUUUUAAGUUCAAAGUUUGUCGUCAAAAAUGAAGCAGUGUUCCAUUACUUGGAGGAUCUCAGUCAAGUCAAAAGAUUUAGAGCAUUGAUCAUGUUCAUGAGCAAUGCUGAUAAAAAAGAAAUUAAUAUACUUCUGGAACAUUGCAAAGCAGUGGAGCACAGAUCCGAGGAAGAAAUUGAUGAUUUGCGAAAUAAAUAUGAGAUUUAAAAACUGUUAAAUAAAUACUGCUUUUAUUGUAAA